AUGCACCAACCUCCCGCGCACCCAAACCUUCUUGGUAUUCCGGUCGUCCCCGUUGAACAGCCACUUGGCGACCCUCUCGUCCCAGCUCUCCCACCCAAAGACGUCCACGUUGCUCUCCUCCGCCGGGUCGGCCGGCCCGCCGCCCUCGGCGUCCACGAGCGACAAGCCGAUGAGCUGCGCGUCAAAGUCCAUCCCGACCUCGAACGCCCCGACCGUAUCCCCCAGGCCGACGACCUUGGCCCCGCCCCGCGUGGCGAGGUACAGCACCUCGUCGGCGCUCAGCCGGGCGCCGUCGUCCCCCGUCGUCACGGCGAGCUGGUUGCUGACGAGGCACGCCUGCCGCGCCGCCUCGAGCACGCUGGGGCUGUACCCGCCGCUCACGUCCGUGCCCAGCCCGACGUCGACGCCCACGUCCUCGACCAGCCACCGCACGCGCGCCAGCCCGGACGAGAUGGCGCUGUUGCUGCACGGGCAGUGCGCCACCUUGGCCCCGCGGCGCUUGAGGAGCGCCGCCUCCGCGUCGGACAGGUGCACCGCGUGCGCGAGGAUCGUCCGCUCGCCGAGCAGGCCCGCCUCGUCGUAUACGCCGGCGUACGACGCGCUGCCGGGGAACAGCCCGGCCACGAGCGCGACCUCGGCGGCGUUCUCGCUGACGUGCGUCUGCACGGGCAGGCCCGUCUCGCGGUGCAGGUCGCCCAGCGCGCGCAGCGCCUCGGCCGUGCACGACGGCGCGAAGCGCGGCGUGAUGACGGGCCGCACCGUCUCCAUCCGCGGGUCCGCGGCGCGGACGUGCGCGAUGCAGGCGCGGGUCGCCGCCACCGAGGCCUCGGCCGACUCGUCGCGGUAGAAGUCGGGCGAGGGCCGGUCCAUGCACACCCGCCCCACGAGGGCGCGCUGGCCCGCCGCGAGGCAGAUGUCGGCGAGCAGGUUCGUCGCCGCCACGUCGAUGGUCGCAAAGUAGGCCGCCGCCGUCGUGCCGUGCGAGAGCGUCUUGCGCACGCACCGGCCGUAGACGCGCCGGGCCUUGGCCAGGUCCGAGAGCGAUGCCUCGAGCGGGAACGUGUACGUGUUGAGCCAGUCCAGCAGCGUGGACUUGCCAAAGAUGCCAUUGUUAGGGUACUGCGAAGCGUGGAAGAAAAACUGCCCGUCUUUGCAGGCCUGGACCGUGACAUCGCUCUCAUUCCAUCCGAGUUUUGCCAGCAGAUCGGCCUUUAUCCGUUCGAGGUCUUGACAGUCUGCCUGGACAGCAACAAUCUUGCCAGUGGCGUCGACGCAGACGACAGUUUUGUGCAGGAUUUCCAGCUCAGCAAGCGUCUUUGA